CUUUAAAAUGAUAACUGAAUGAUAAAACUGAUAAAAUUUUAUCGUGUACUUUGGGUAUUUAUUUUAUUUUAUUGCUAGUGACAGUUUAAAUUAUUGUAAUAAAACGUCGUCAUAAGUAUUAAUGCCCAUGUGAUUUAUAAGACGCAAUUGAUUUAUCAAUUUGCGGAUCUGAUGUUUAAGUUGACAUUACCUUGAUUUGUAACUGCAAUCAACAAAACGUUAUGGUUAUAAUUCUUUUUUGAUAAAUUAGUUAAGAAGAACGCACAAAAUCUAUUUUUUUGUCAAAACUGACAUGGAUGAACGAUCCGACUUAAUUAAGAUUUCCACUCAAAGUGGCAUUAGUGACACAUUCGAUUGGACAAUUAAACGGAACUUCAGUAACACUAAUUCAGAUCAUGAAUUAUUACUAGACAAUGAAGAAGAGUUUAGUCAUCCUUACUCAGAUGAAUAUGUAUUUUUAGAAAGAAAAAUGAGGAACCGUUUAUCUUUUUUUUUUAUGAAUCCAAUAGAAAAAUGGAAAACAAGAAGACGUUUUCCAUACAAGUUCUUAAUUCAAAUAAUUAAAAUUAUUCUAGUCACUGUUCAACUAUCUUUAUUUGCUCAUACACGCUAUAGUCAUGUAAAUUAUACAUGGGGAAACAGGAUUACCUUUUCACAUUUGUUCCUAAAAGAUUGGGAUGCAGCCCGAGAAAUAGUUUCUUAUCCACCAGCUCUUGGACCAUACGCAAUUUAUAAUACUGAUAGUUUUUAUUCCACUAUAAAUUAUGCUAUAGUUGGUUAUGCAAACAUUGAAAAUGCCAUAGGAUCAUAUUCAUUUAUGAGUGAAGAUAACAAAAUAGUGUAUCCUAUGCUAUGUAUUGUUCAUUAUAAAGAAGGUAAAAUAUUUGGAUAUAAUGAAAGUUACGCGUUUGAUGGCGAAGUUAAGCAAGAGUGCCUAAAUAUUACUAUAACAGAUGAUAUGAAAACAAAAGGAUUCUCAAUCAAAGAUUAUUUAAAAAAUAAUAACAUGACUCUUAACUUCUCAUCUUUGUUAAAAGUGAAAUUAAAGUUUUCUCUUAAAACAGUCAAUUUUAGAGCUGCUGGAAAAUUUUCUCCUCCUGAUUGCUACAAAUUUGAAAUAGAGAUAACUUUGAACAACGAGGACAUGGAUGGACAAGUAUUAGUUGGUUUAGAUGUUAAUCCUUUUAGAUUAAAUUGUAAAGGAGACAUUGAAUAUAUAACUGAUAAUAAAAUGGAGUCAUUUCUAAGAAGUCUAUUAAAUUAUUUUGUAAUAAUUACUUGUACAAUAUCUAUGAUACUUUGCUGUAGAGCAAUAUUUCGUGCUCAGUUAUUGAAAUAUGAAACUGUUAAGUAUUUUGAAGACAUGUUAAAGUCUACAUUAAGUUAUAGUGGGCGAUGGGCAUUUUGGAAUUUAUGGUAUAUCAUGAUCAUCAUUAAUGACAUUCUCAUUAUUUGUGGUUCUACUAUAAAAGAAAGAAUUGAAAAAAAACAAUUUAUUGGCGAUCAAUGGAAUUUAUGUAGUGUACUGUUGGGAACAGGAAAUUUAUUAGUUUGGUUUGGAGUUUUAAGAUACUUAACAUUUUUCAAGACAUAUAAUGGUGUUAUACUCACAUUAAGACAAGCUUUUCCUAAUACAUCUAGAUUUUUAUUAUGUGCUAUGUUGUUAUAUGCUGGUUUUAUAUUCUGUGGUUGGCUGGUUUUAGGACCAUAUCAUAUGAAAUUUCGUUCAUUAGCAAGCACUUCAGAAUGCCUGUUUUCGCUGAUUAAUGGAGAUGAUAUGUAUGCAACCUUUACUAUUAUGGCAACCAAGUCAACUUUGCUUUGGUGGUUUAGUCGUUUGUAUUUGUAUUCUUUUAUCAGUCUGUUUAUCUAUGUAAUUAUCAACUUGUUCCUAUCCGUUAUAAUUGAUUCAUAUGAAACCAUAAAGAACCAUUCAAGAGAUGAUAUACCAAAAUCAGAUUUGGAAAUAUUUAUCACUGAAGGGACAUUUCCUACAUCAACUUUUGAUAUUACUGAAGAGACUGAUAAUUGGGCUCAUAUAUCUUUUACUCAGGCUGUAAAGAGUAUAUUUUGUAGCUUUUGUAUCAAAUUAGAGAACUUUGGCAAAUGGUUAUUUAAUGAGCUCAAUCGAAAUAUUAUUAAUUACUUGAAAUGAAGUUUAUCAAUAUGUAUUUUUAUUAAAAACAAUGUUACCAUUAUUUUAAUGUUUGUGCCAUCAUGGAAAAAAGUACCUACGUUGUAGACUGAUUUGUUAUUUUCUUCUUAAUAAUCUUUGUAUAUUUAUUGUUUUUCUAAAAAAAAAAAAAAUUCUAUUUUUAAAUUUCUGAUAAAAGUGUUGAAUCAAAUGAUUAGUUUUUUUUCAUAAAUGUUUAUUAGAUAUCAUUUUCUUACAAUAUUUUAUUUUUAAAUGCCGAUUUCUAAUUUAUUUUCUUAAAUAGUUAUCCAUUUUACUAGAGUAAAUUAAUAUUUUAUAAAUUGUUGCAUUUAUCAUACAACAUAAUAUUUAUAAAUAUAUACAUAUAAAUGUAUAUAUUUUUUUUUAUAAUGUUAUUUCUUAAUUAUUGUUAUUCAAUUACACAUUUUAAAUUAUGAACCACAAUGAAGAUACGUGAUAUAAUUGAAGACAAUAAUACAUAAAAUAUGUUUGAUUGUUUUUGUUAUAAUUUUUGUGCUGAAACAUAAUUUAAUUGUUGUUUAUAAUAAGUAUAAUAAAUAAAACUUAUUUUAAGUUGUA